AUGGUCAGCAACAAAAGGAAGAGGCACGAGGAGGUGUUCGACCCCAAUGUGUCGGAUCCCGAGGACGAAAACUUCGACCCGCGGGAGGCAAGACCUACUCGAGGUUCCAAGAAGACUCGCCAGUCGAAAGGCGCCAAGGGCGGCUCGAAAAGAACCAAUAGAUAUCGCGGCUCUGACAUUGAUGACGAUGACGACGAACUGUCUGAUGAAGAAUCUUUUGCCGAGGCCACCGAAGAAUCUGAUGACGAGGCGCCCCUGACUGCGGCCGGACGGCCUGCUAGAAAGGCGGCAACCAAGCCGCAAAUCUACAAGGAGAGCAGCGAGGACGACGACGAAGAUGACCUUGAUGAAGAACAGGUCGACUGGAAAGCAAAAGAAGAAGAGCAAGAGAAGCCCGAUGAAAUAGCCGACGUUCCUCCAAAGCCCACUAGGCGGGAUGCGACAAAGGUGGUCAAGCUCAAGGUCUCCAAGACGGCGUUGGCGCAGACACGCAGUACCCGGUCGCGUACUGAAGAUGCCCCAGUGUUUGUCGAGCUGUCCGCUUCUGGUCGACACGCCGUCGCACCCCGGGGAGAGUCGCGAAGCAAAAGCCCCGAGGCACUUGCUCGCAGCGGCAGGCCGUCCCGCGCCGCCAAGGGGCUCAAGAAAGCACCCGAACCAAUCCAGGAGGCCGCCCACGAGGGCAGUAAUCGAGAUGCCGACGAGCCCGAUGAGCUCUCGCAAGAUACGCCAACCAACGAGAUCACUGAAGUACUCGACUCUGAUAUGCCGGAUGCUGCCAAGGACGCCGACGAAGAGGAAGCAGGGGAAGAGGCACCGGCUGAGAAUCCUGUCGCCGCAGAACAGGACGAUGAUGACGAGGACGACGAUGUCGAACCCACGGCGCGAAGACUCCGAAGUCGCGCCAACGCCGCUGCUUCUACGGACGAUGCCGUCGAGACCACCGAAGGCGCCGAAGCCGAAGAGGCGGACGACGGUGGUAAGCGUCGGUCUCGUCGACUGAAGAGAGGCUCCAGAAAACCCGCGAAUGAGCAAAGUAGCGACUUCGAGCCGGAUGAUGAUGCCGACGACGAUGCGGAAGCCUCUGACCCAGGACGCAAUGGGAACAAGAAUGAUGCCAUAGAUAGCCCGACGCCUCGUGGGAGACAGACCCGAUCCCGAGGCCGCUCCGGCCGCAGCUCGCGCCGUCGAAACUCCUCGGCCGACGACCUGCCCGUCGACAUAGAUGAGCUCGAAGAAGAAGCUCGCGAGCUGAGAAAGUCGUCGAGAAAUCACCGAAAGACUCGAACAGAGUCUCCCAUACAGUACCAGGAGAGCAGCCGCCGACCCAGGCCCAGGAUCAACUACUACAUGCCUCCAUUGGGUGCCGUCAACAUCGAGGAGGAAGCGGAGGACCCCGCCCCUACUCCGGCCCGCAAUCGCCGGCGAGGCGGCGCCAGUGCUGGCUGGGACCGGAACCUGAACACUACAUACGGUCCCUUUGGCGGCGGCGGCGCCGUCGGGUCGCUACUGGGCGGUCCAUGGGGCACCGGUGCCACCGGCGGAGUCGACUCUGACAGCAGCGACGACGAGAUGGUGCACAGGUCCACCGCCGCAGGAAACGUGGGCAUGACGCCGACGUCUGCGGCCCCGGCCGGUGGCCUCGUCUUUGGCGGCGGCCAGGGCCAUGGCGGCGUGGACGGCGUCGGUGCCACGCCCAACGUCGGCAAGAUCAAGGACCGCAAGGCGCUUGCAGAUGCCGACCCUCUGGGCGUGGAUCUGAACGUCGACUUCAGCAAGGUUGGUGGCUUGCAGGGCCACAUCGACCAGCUCAAGGAAAUGGUCCAGCUUCCUCUGCUGUAUCCGGAGCUCUUUACGAGAUUCCAUGUUACGCCACCCCGCGGUGUAUUGUUCCAUGGUCCCCCGGGCACCGGUAAAACGCUACUUGCUCGUGCCUUGGCCAAUUCUGUUGGCUCCGGUGGCAAGAAGAUUUCAUUCUACAUGCGCAAGGGUGCCGAUGCGCUCAGCAAGUGGGUGGGCGAGGCUGAAAAGCAGCUUCGCUUGCUCUUUGAGGAAGCAAGGAAGAACCAGCCGAGCAUCAUCUUCUUUGAUGAGAUUGAUGGAUUGGCACCGGUCAGGUCGAGCAAGCAGGAGCAGAUCCAUGCCUCCAUUGUCUCGACCCUGCUUGCCCUCAUGGACGGCAUGGACGGGCGUGGACAAGUCAUUGUCAUUGGCGCCACCAACCGGCCGGACAACAUCGACCCUGCUCUUCGACGACCGGGGCGGUUCGACCGAGAGUUCUACUUCCCCUUGCCCGACCUCGAGGGCCGCAGGUCCAUUCUCAACAUCCACACGCAAGACUGGGGCCUGUCGGAUGAGUUCCUGCAGUCGCUGGCGGAAAACACCAAGGGCUACGGCGGUGCUGAUCUGAGGGCUCUCUGUACCGAGGCGUCCCUGAAUGCUAUUCAGAGAACCUAUCCGCAAAUCUACUCGUCCAAGGAGAAGCUGCUCGUCGAUCCCGCCAAAAUCUCGGUUCAUGCCUCGGACUUUAUGAUCUCCAUCAAGAAGAUGAUCCCUUCGUCGGAGCGUUCUGCGACGUCUGGAGCACGCCCGCUGCCCGCCUCUAUCGCGCCUCUACUCCGCGACCAGUUUGAAGAGGCCAAGCAGGCGCUUGACCUGAUCUUGCCGCGGAAGAAGAAGACGACUGCACUGGAAGAGGCCAUGUAUGAGCAGUAUGAAGAUAAGGAUCACGGGUUUGGCCGUGAGACGCUGAACCAGGAGUUUGAGCGCUCUCGCGUCUUCCGGCCUCGGUUUCUCAUCUCUGGUGCCCAUGGCAUGGGCCAGGGGUAUCUCUCCUCUGCAAUCCUUCAUCACUUUGAAGGAAUCCACGUACAGAAUUUCGAUCUCCCCAGCCUGCUCAAUGAUGGACGGCCUAUGGAACAAGUCAUUGUUGCCCUGUUCACGGAAGUGAGGCGCCACAAGCCGAGUGUCAUCUUCAUCCCCAACAUUGAUGCUUGGUACGCGGUGCUGAACAACACGCUGGCCCUUGUCACCUUUCGCACCAUGUUAAAGUCCAUCCCCCCGACGGACCCAGUGCUUCUGUUUGCCACCGCCGACUGCGAGAAGAAGGAUCUUCCGCAAGAGUUGGUUCGCGACUUCUUCGGCUACUCUAGCAAAAACCUGAUGGAGAUUCAGAAACCAGAGCGGAUCAAUCGCAUCCAGUAUUUCGGGAAAACGCUGGACUACGCCAGGCUGGCGCCUCACCAGUUUCCGGAUCUCGAGAACCGCAAGAAGAGAGUGCUCGAAGAGCUGCCGGUCGCUCCUCCGCCACCCGUCAAGCCGCCUACCAAGGAAGAGGUCAAGGCGCUCAAGAAGAGAGAUCACCAGCUCCUCAACGCGCUCAAGAUUCAGCUGCAGCCCAUCAUGGACCAGAUCAAUCGCAGGUAUAAGAAGUUCAGACAGCCAGUCAUUCCGCAAAGCCAGAUUGAGUACCUGUUCAUGGAGGCAGACCCAAACUAUGUACGGCCCGACCUGGAAGAGGGAGAGAACAGGCCGUUUGAGAUUGUCAAGGACAAGUACGGCAAUGACGUGCUUAUGCAUAAGGAGACUGGCAAGUACUACUACAACCUCGAGACCACGACCAUCGAGGAGCGCCUGUCGAACGGGUUCUAUGCUCGGCCCAAGGACUUUCUGUUCGACAUCAAGGCCCUCGCAAGGGACGCCAAGAACAUUGGCGACAAGGAGCGCACACUCAAGGCCAACGAGCUGCUCAGCAACGUCGAGGUGGAUGUCGCGAGCAUCGAGAGCAGCACGGCCCACAUCGACUGGGAGGCGCUCUACCAGCGCCAGCAGCAGCGCGCCAAGGAAGCGGCCGAGAAGGAGCGGAAGCGCAAGGCCAUGCAGUCCGUCCUGGACCGAGUCCAGUCGGACCUCGGCGGAGGCAACGACAGCGACUCGCAGGGGCCCCUUACCCUUGGGGAACCGGUGCCGGGUGCUCGCACCAUGGCCCGCUUCCAGAUACGCAGCCCCCUGUCGAAUGGGCAUGGCGAGUCCGGCCACGACGAGCAUUCGCUGAGCAACGGCGUCCCCGAUUUAUCAAAGGAGGGCGAUGUGCAGAUGAGCGGAACUGACGACAGCACUCAGGUGGCGCUGAGUCAAACCCAGUCAUCUCCCAUGGGCCCGCCGCCCAGGUCGUCGGAGGGAUCUUCCUCGAGGAACCUGGCGGCCAUGGGGACGCAGGUAUCUCAGCGAUCUGCCGUUACUACUCUGCCUGCUGGCGUGUCACCGUCUGCUGUGAUCAACGAGGCAUCUACGACGAAGACGUCGGAUCUGUCAACCUAUCGAUCGAACAACUGGAGCUCGGAACGACGGAGCUCGCAGAACACCAAUGGAAAUCACGAGCACGAGGAGCAGCUGCCGGACACCUUGGUAGUCGGGCAAUCCCAAGCGCGACUGUCUUUGAGCGAUGACAGCUGGAUCCACUCCCAGGCCCCGGGACGGGCCGUUGACGACCUCAACUCAUCGGGUUCGCUCCUGGACCGAAGCUCCUUCCAAUCACAACCUAAUCAGGGCUCGGCAGCCGUCAAGUCUCUGGUUAGCUCAUCCCCUCAAGAGUCAAACGCUGAGGCUCGCUCGAAAUCGACACGCGGCUCAGGUAGUUCCCAGCCGCUGGAGAUUGACAAGGAGCUGGAAAAGGCUUUGAUGUUGGUGACGGAUCUCACUGCGGGCUGCACAAUUGAGCAGCUCGAACAGGUCAACCGGGAGAUGAUGGAUGAAAUCUGGCGAGGCCGACAUGAGUGGAACCGGGUCAAGGUGGUGCUCGACGUGUCGGGCGUGUUUAACCGGACGAUUGAGGAGAUUGUUGGUCUCCAGGGCGUGGUUCCGCUGAGCCAGCUGCAGGACAGGGACGACUAGAGGACUACGCCCAGGCAACCGACGUG